CACAGGUUGUUGGUUGCCUGGAAAACCAAUAAAGGCUUAAUUGAAAAAUCGGCGCCGGUCAGUCGAUGUAGUUAGGUGUCUAGUUUAAAAUAAACCAAACCCGAACUCUCCAGCUUGAAGUAUAUUAAAAAUCUUGGGACGCUGUUCCGGGUUCUUUUUGGACCUUGAUCUCUGGAAAACUCUUAAACCGUAAGACUUGGAGACAAAAAUUUUUUUUCAUUCCAGUAACUCAUUGUGCCGAACAUUUAUGGAAAGUUUCGUCAAGAUCGGAUGCACGGUGUAGGAGAUAAUUUCUGAGGGGGGCCCUUAAAAGUAAACGUUCUCUGUUUAUUUUCAAUAUAAAAAAGCAUUUUUAAUUACUUAUUUAGUUUUAAAUUGAAUAUAGUACAAUAUGACAAAUGCCAAUAACUAUUCAUAUUAGCUAAUCUCAGUUAAAUUUCUACUACUUUAUGUUUUUGUUAUGUUUUAGUAGAAAGAAAAUUAGAAUUUGUAAUUUAUUGUUAUAAAUAACAAAUUCUUCGAGCUUUUUAAUAAUUAUUCAUCUACAAUUUCGAAUAUUUGUAUCAUUCAAACUUUGAUCACUUUUUACAAUAUUCAUAUGUUUUCUAGAAAGUCGUCCUCAAACAUCCGGUCAUUAUUCGACGCCCGUUCACACUCCUACAUCUGUUUCGGCAAAGAAAAAACGUGUUCGUUUACAUUUCUCUGACGAACAAAUUCUGUCCACAAUUGAUCAAGAAAAUAAACGUUUACUGAGACAGUUGAUUAAUGUCAGUAAUCGUAAUCAACAACAACCAUUUAUCGGUGGCUCUACCAAUCAACGAGUAAGAGUAACAUCGUCAGCUUUAAAUAGGCAAAAAGAACAACAACGAAUUGAAAAAGAGAAUAUGAAAAUAUUAAAUCGUUUACAACAAACACGUGCUACAAAAAGUCUAAAUCGUGAUGAAUUACUCUCCUAUUAUGAUCGACAAAUUGGUUAUGUCUCUGUUGGCAAUACACCAAGUGGAAAAUCAACUCCCAUUCAAACUGGACCCUCAUCUCGUUCUUCCAGUCGACCAAGCAGUGCUUCGAUCUUUUAUUCUCGUGUUAAAUCUGCACAUCAACUACCACCAUCAUCAGCAAAUAAUCCAACGUUGAACUCAUUUAUACAGACACGAGCAACAUCAUCAACAUCCAAUUUAACGAGUGCUGCCGGAUCUCGACCAAAUUCAGCUACCAGACCUCUAUCUGGUCAUAGACAUAGUCGAUCGAGUAGUCGAGCAUCUUCGGCAAGACGAAAACCAACAUGGAAUGAUCGAUGGCAACAUGAAUAA